AAGGGACCACCGCCUGUUGUCUCUCUCUCCGUCCUGCAUGUCUGUCUGUCCAUCUUUCUGGCACCGUGGUCCCUUCCAUCUGCUCAGCUGACCCCAGAGGGACAGGACGUCAUGACCCCCACACUCACCGCCCUCCUCUGCCUGGGGCUGAGUGUGGGCCUGAGGACCAGAGUGCAGGCAGGGACCCUCCCCAAACCUACCCUGCAGGCUGAGCCAGGAUCUCUGAUCCCCCUGGGGAGCCCCGUGAACAUCACAUGUCAGGGGACUCUGGGGGAUGAGCAGUACCGUCUGGAUAAAGAGGGAAACACACCUCCAUGGAAAACACAGAAGCCACCGAACCCCGGAGACAAGGCCACGUUCUCCAUCACACGGACGACAGACCAUGAUGCAGGGAGAUAUCGCUGUUACUAUCGCAGCCCCUCUGGCGAGUCAGAGCACAGUGACCCCCUGGAGCUGGUGGUGACAGGAUCCUACAGCAAACCCAGCCUCUCAGCCCUGCCCAGCCCUGUCGUGACCUCAGGAGGGAACGUGACCCUGCUGUGUCAGUCAAAGUGCUACAGCUCACUCAGCACUGCCCCCUACCUGCUGUCACCGCCCAGUGAGCCUUGGAGCUGCGGGUCUCAGUCCUUUCCAGAAGGUGUCCCCAAACCCUCCAUCUGGGUGGAUCCUGGCCCCUUGGUCACCACGGGGAGCCCUGUGACCAUCUGGUGUCAAGCAUCUCUGCAGGCUACUGCCUACGUUCUAUAUAAAGAGAGGGGCUCUGAGCCCUGGGAUACGAAGACCCCACAGAACUUCAGCAACAAGACCGGUUUCCUCAUUGAAUCCUCCAGCUCACAGCAUGCAGGGCCCUACGAGUGUGCGUAUUACACCACUGAGCGCAAACUCUCAGAGCGGAGUGACCCCCUGCUCCUGGUGGUGACAGGAGUGGAGAGAGCACCCUCCCUCUCAGCCCAGCCAAGCCCUGUGGUGGCCUCAGGAGGGAGCGUGUCCCUCGUGUGUCGCUCACAGGACACAUCGGGCACUUUCCAUCUGCUGAAGGAGGGAGGAGCUGACCCGCCCCGACACAUGGAACCGCAAUCGAAGUCCAGUGCUGGGCGGACCUAUGCCCGGGCCACCUUCCCUGUGGGCCCCGUGAACUCCUCCCACGGGGGGACCUACAGAUGCUAUGGUUCCCCCAGAUCCUACCCCAAUCUGUGGUCACACUCCAGUGACCCUCUGCGUCUCGAGGUCACAGGUGUGCACAGGGAGCCCUCCCUCUCGGCCCAGCCGGGCUCCCUGGUGCUGCCUGGAGACAGCCUGACCCUGCAGUGUGGCUCGGAGGCUGGCUUUGACAGAUUCGCUCUGACCAAGGACCAGGGGCUCACACCCCCCAGCGCCUUGGGGCAGCACAGCCCCGACUUCCUGCUGGGCCGUGUGGACCACACCCACGGGGGCCGGUACAGAUGCUACAGUGGACACAGCCUCUCCUAUGCGUGGUCAGCACCCAGCGCCCCCCUGGACAUCCUGGUCACAGGAAUGCACACGAAACCCUCCCUCUCCAUCCUGCCGGGCCCCUCAGUACCCUGGGGAGCGAACGUGACCCUGCAGUGUGGAUCUGAGAUCUGGUUUGACACUUUCCACCUGCACAGGGAGGGGUCUCUGGAUCCCCCCCAGCACCUUCCUGUGCAGAAGACGACUGCACCCUCUCAGGCCAACUUCACCAUCAGUCCUGUGACCUCAGCCCACAGGGGCACCUACAGGUGCUAUGGUUCACACAGUGCCUCCCCCUACCUGCUGUCACACCCCAGCGACCCCCUGGAGCUCCUGGUCUCAGGGACCCUCCCCAAUCCUACCCUCCAGGCUGAGCCAGGAUCUCUGAUCCCCUGGGGGAGCCCCGUGAACAUCACAUGUCAGGGGACUCUGGGGGAUGAGGAGUACCGUCUGGAUAAAGAGGGAAACACACCACCAUGGAAAACACAGAAGCCACCGAACCCCGGAGACAAGGCCACGUUCUCCAUCACACGGACGACAGACCAUGAUGCAGGGAGAUAUCGCUGUUACUAUCGCAGCCCCUCUGGCGAGUCAGAGCACAGUGACCCCCUGGAGCUGGUGGUGACAGGAUCGUACAGCAGACCCAGCCUCAGCCUUCCCAGCCCUGUUGUGACCUCAGGAGGGAACGUGACCCUCCAGUGUGGCUCAUGGCUGGGAUUUGACAGGUUCAUCCUGACUAAGGAUGGAGAACACAGGCUCUGCUGGACCCUGGACUCACAACCACACACCACAGGGCAGUACCAGGCCCUGUUCCCUGUGGGGCCCGACCCCAGCCACAGGUGGACGUUCAGAUGCUAUGGCUGUUACAGGAACAGCCCCCAGCUGUGUUCACACCCCAGUGACCCCCUGGAGCUCCUGGUCCCAGGUGUGUCUGGGACGCCCUCCCUCCUGGCCCAGCAGGACCCCAUCGUGGCCUCUGGACAGAGCCUGACCCUCCAGUGUCGCUCUGAUGUCGGCUAUGACAGAUUCGCUCUGUCCAAGGAGGAGGAGCUGGACCCCACACAGAGCCUUGUCCUGCAACCCCAGGCUGGGCUCUCUCAGGCCAACUUCCCCCUGGACCCUGUGCGCAGCUCAGACGGGGGACGGUACAGAUACUACGGUGGACACAACCUCUCCUCCAAGUGGUCGGCUCCCAGUGACCCCCUGGACAUCCUAGUGGCAGGAUGGACAAUUGACAGACCCUCCUACUCGGUGCAGCCGGGCACCACGGUGACCUCAGGAGAAAAUGUGACCCUGCUGUGUCAAUUACAGUACCCAAAGGACACUUUCCUUCUGUCCAAGGAGGGGGCAGCCGCCCCUCUGCGUCUUCCAUCAGAGCACCGAGCUCAGCAGUACCAGGCAGAGUUCUCCAUGAGUCCUGUGACCUCCACCCACGGGGGCACCUACAGGUGCUACAGCUCACUCAGCGCCGCCCCCUACCUGCUGUCACAGCCCAGUGAGCCCCUGGAGCUGCGGGUCUCAGGUGAGGGGCCCCUGGCCCUGUAUUUCUGUGCUGUCGGCUCAGGGUCCUGUGCCCAGAAGAAAGAUGAGCUGAAAGGGAGGGAGGGAGGCCUGUAG